GAGAGCCGAGAGAGGGAGUGGUCCUCGCUCCAGCUCUCCCCGCCCACCCUACUAAAAGUGUCUCCUGAUUGGCUUCGAGGCCGCAGGGCUCAGGUUACAUUCGCAGGAGUUGCGGAGCGCGGGAGACCGGACCCAGGAAGAGAGAGACUGGUACUGCACGGAUUCCUUGCUGGUCAGGGAGUGCCCAACAGUCCUUAAGCUGCGGCCCAGCAUCCUACAGACCCACCCCCUCUCUGCGCCAGACUCCACCCCAGCCAAGAACCCUCAACACCAGCAUGGACUGCUGCACGGAGAGCGCCUGCUCCAAGCCAGACGACGAUAUUCUAGACAUCCCACUGGAUGAUCCCGGAGCCAACGCCGCUGCAGCCAAAAUUCAGGCGAGUUUCCGGGGCCACAUGGCGAGGAAGAAGAUAAAGAGCGGAGAGUGCGGCCGGAAGGGCCCGGGCCCCGGGGGACCGGGCGGAGCUGGGGGCGCCCGGGGAGGCGCGGGCGGCGGCCCCAGCGGAGACUAGGCCAGAACUGAACGUUUUAGAAGUUCCAGAGGAGAAGUGGAUGCCGCGUCCCCUUCGCAGUGACAAGACUUCCCUGCUGUGUUUGUGAUCCCCUCCUGCCCACCAACCAGCCAGCUUCAGGAGCCAUCCACACUCCCCCACCGCGUCCCAGAGACUCCCUUUCCCAGGCUGGCUUCGUCGCGGCAUAGCCAAGUCCGAGCCCUUUUUAGCUCUCCAGUCUAA